AGCUUGCACGUGGCGAGAACUGCCCGCCUUUCAAGCUUGCUAACAGCAUUUCGUCGGUCCCAUUUCUAGGGUUAUUUUCCCCGGAUGACCACUCAUAUAACUACCUCAUAGUAAGAUUGUGAUAACGAACCUCUUCUCAUUGUCGCGCUUCAUGUGAGGGUCCGGGGGCCUCGGAGUGUAUUCUAUGGGGAAUGGCCGGAAGCCAGAGGGGAUUUCUUACGAGUGAGCUGACAUGAUGCAUACUGCCGUUCUUUGGAAGUAUCAUAUGCUAAUUCUUUAGAACCCUACCCCGGAUCGGGAAAGGAAAUGGACUCUACAGCUAGGGUGAGACUGGAGGUGGCAAUAACGCUCCAUAAACCUAUUGGUCAAUCUUGAAGCCAAAAUCAACGUGCCCAGGUGUGUGGUCAUACCUGCCCCCCACCCGCCCACUCGUGUACUGCACCAUGGGAUCAGUUGGACUGUAUGAGCUAACUAGUACUAUUUAAAGAGACUGCCACAGACCAUGAGCUGAUAGGAACAUGGGAUAUGUUCCAACCAAGCCCGCAUUUGCCAGGGCCGGAGGUGCGGAAGAAUAGAAAAGAAAAGAAAAAAGUCUUGGUACGUAUGAUAGUAUAAAACGAGCAGCCUAGCGCCCUCUCGUGUCAAACUUCAUCUCCCCCCAUUCUUGACACACUUCUUCUCACUGUGCUAGGCACUGGUGUUUGCUCGGGUGUGAUACAUAUUACGCGAUGGUUCACUAAAAAUUUCAACCUUGCACUCCAACACUUCACAUUUUGAACACAAAAGAGGUUAGGACCUCCGCAGUCAUUGGCUUUACGACUAACACCUACCCUAGGUCUACCUAAAAGCACUGAAAAGGCGACAAUAAUCAAAGGCCAUGAUCAAAUAAUAGCCUCUCAGAGAUAUCGCCAAAAUCUUGGACUACAGUUCCUACUGUUGCAGCCAAACCAUUCAACGUCGAUUUACAGGUAGGGCAACUCUAUCGCCAAGGUACGCUAAUCCGAAAGUGGCUACACAAUUUAUUCCGCAUACGGGUGGGCAUCAUAGAUCAACCGCCAACUUGAAAGCCCCCAAGUUCCAGAUCGGAAUCCUCCAAGGAAAAGGAAAAAAAAAAAGGAAGGGGGGUGGGGAAAGGUUCCACAUGCGCGGGUUUGAGCACGUUUUAUUGAACCCCCACAUCCCCCACCAAUAAUCCGCGGUGCCGGGGGGCUCUUUGCUGGAAAUGGUGCCCUUAAUCUUGGUCAGCUUGCUUAGUUUAACCCUCUUUGGAUGAGCAUGUUUUUGUUUGUUACCAGCCUUCAUCACUAAAAUGGACCCACCCAAAUCAUUGCCGGGGGGGAAUGCAAGGCAACUUUCCUAGAGGGUACAUACAAUACCGGUACAGUUGACAAUUUAGAUUGCGGAACUGUCGGAAAGACCGCAUUGGAACCUGGUAAAUCGAUGGAUUUGAGUUGAUUCUUUCCUCUUCCGCGUUACGCUACACAGGUUUGUAUGAUACGGCACUUUCCCAUGAAGGAACUUCUUUACCGGUAGACUACGGUAACGGCAAAUUCGCUACUCGUGCUCCAAGGUCGCCGCCGAUUGAUUGGCCGGUUGGUUGAUCGAUGCACGGAUAGUGGGGUAAGUGCUUUGAAUGGGGUACGGUGACUCUGUAUCCCGCGCCAUUACUGUGCUCGAGUCGCCGAAUUGAAAUCGCUCCCGUUUUGGUGGUGGCCCACCAGCAAAAACUCGACCUCAAUCCGGCGACUUGGGUAGGCAGUGGGCAGUGAAACCCAUUCACGAUAUGCCAUCAUAUGAUAGCUCUGACACUAAAAGGUUUUCUGGGGGGUGGGGUCCUCGACCCGCAAGCAAUACCGCAGGAUAGUGGCAAUUUAGGUUUCAGAAACCUACUCACAUAUUGUCAAUCAUAUCAUAUCAUACAUAGUACAGUGCCCGUGCAAUAGCCCUGCCCAAGACCGUGUUAUCACAUACAAAAGGCCUACACCCGCCAAGCUGUCCACGAAUCCGCACAUCCACCAAUUGGCCACAUCAUUCGACCCUUCUCUUCUUUCCUCCCAUAAUCGUUCCCCUUCAUUCACCAAGCCUCCACAAACAACCAAACAACCGGACAAACAAAUCCACCACCGCCAAAGGGAAAAAAAGAAAAAAAUGAGGACCAUCUCAACCCUCCUCACCCUCCUCACCAUCCCCCUCUUUGCCAGGGCGCACUUCCAACUUACCUACCCCCCCUCCCGCGGCCCCAACGAGCAAACGCAGUCCACCUCACCCUGCGGUGGUCUCAAUACGCCCUCCACAACCCGCACUCCCUGGAGCGUGGCAGGCGGCCAACUAAAAUUCGAAGCCGGGCACGACGAAGCUAACACAGCAGUAUACCUAGCCCUAGGGAACAACCCGACAAAGGAUGAUUUCACCAUAACACUAGCAGACCAAUUCAAGCAGAUUGGUCUCGGCACCUUCUGCUGGAGCGAGCUGCCCGUACCGGAUGGCACGCAGGGCAUUCGUGAUGGGGCGAAUGCCACCAUUCAGGUCGUGCAGGCCGGACAUACUGGGGGCGGGCUCUAUAACGUAGGCCCUUUUCUUCCCAAUUGACCAGGCGUGAGCACUGACUGAUAGGGGGCUUCCAUAGUGUGCGGAUAUAACCUUCGUCUCGUCCUCGCCGCAGGGAGUUUCGGCUUGCUCUAAUUCUUCCGGUGUCACGGUGGAGCCGGUAUCUAAAAGUGAUGGCGAUGAGCAUGGGGGUCAUGGUUCCAAUUCUUCAGCUUCGUCGUCUCCGUCAUCGGCUACAGCGUCUGCAACCAGUAAGCCGAACGGUGGGAGUGCGAAUGCUGUUGGGGGGAUCGUGCUUGUUGGUGCGGGGAUAAUGGCCGUCGUGGGGGUUGGGCUUUGUAGUUGAAUGGGUUGAGCUGGGGGCCGGAGGCUUUUUUUAUUUAUUUCAUCACUACUAUUCUUAUUGUAUUGUAUUACAAGUAACCCCGUAGAUAGCGUGGCCGGCUGGUUAAUUGAUUGAUUGGUAAUCGAUCUGGAUUGGUUUGGAUGGCAACUGAAGGGGAUCUCGGAGCGAGUGGAGUUUGUCCGUGGUAAUGAUGCAUGGCACGGAUGAUACCGCGAACCAAAGUACCCCCCAGCACAGCUCCGAAAUAUCAUGCCCUAAG